CUGACUGAUGGUGUUACAUUACAGACACGAAGCCAUGAACACAUAAACGUCAUAAAACUACAGGAAACUGUUGUGAGUUUGGUUAUCAGCACGUCUUUUACAAGUUGUCUCAACAUCAUCCUGCCGAAAAAAUAAUUUGAUCAUCUGCCUGAAUCAGUCUGAAAAACAUGUGUUUGUUAAUGUAUGAAGAAAAAGUAGAAUUAAAUAUAUUUUCUUUCAGUGUAGACAUUUCUUUAAAGUCUACAGGAGGGUUUUAAAUGGAGAAAGUAGAUUUUGAACAUACUUUAUAUACAUAAAUACAGACAUACUACUACUUUCAGUCGGAUUGUUUAUGAGCAAACAAGAAGAAAAUACACUCCGAGAGUCCAAAACUAAAACGUUUCAAACUAUUUCAUCAUCAAACUCGACACACAGAUUUCUGGUGAACAUACGUAUAAAUUGUGACGCUGUUUCAAUGAUCUGAGUCAGACCUCCUGUGAUUCAAGCUACUGAUCAGCUCGUCACGUAUUACACGUAGCGGAUUGGAAAUGAGGAAAUAACAGGAAGCAAAACUUGACCGCCUUAUAUCGCCUCCUCCCAGCCACUAUUACUAAACACCGAACCUUGCAUACACACCACACAGUGCGUACGGAGUGUAUUAACGUCUAUAGACGAUCUGUGGAAGCAGCAGAAGUCGUUAUGAAGCUGGUGGUCUUCCUCCUCCUCCUCCUCCAAGCGUCCCGGUCCGCAGACAGCAGGUGUUUCUGUCAGGUCACAGGUGACCUGGAUGACUGCGCCUGUGAUGUGGAGACCAUCGACGGCUUCAACAACGACCAACUUUUCCCAAAACUUCAAACUCUUCUGGAGUCUGACUACUUCAGGUUUUACAAGGUGAACCUGGAUAAACCGUGUCCGUUUUGGAAGAUCAGCAGUCACUGUGGUAUGAAGGACUGCGCUGUGCAGCCCUGCUCUCCUAACGAGGUGCCAGAAGGAAUCCGAUCCCCUUCACACAACAAGUAUUCAGCAGAAGCAAACGAGCAGCUGGACGAGUGUGAGAAGGCCAAGCGCCUCGGAGCUGUAAAUGUCUCUUUAAGUGAUGAGACCAGAGAGGCUCUGCAGGAUUGGAGCAAACACGAUGACGAGGCCGAACGCUUCUGUGUGGUUGAUGAUGAGCAGUCACCGGACUCCCAGUAUGUGGACCUGCUGCUGAACCCGGAGCGCUUCACAGGCUACACGGGACCAGAGGACUGGAAGAUCUGGAACAGCAUCUAUGAGGAGAACUGCUUCAAACCGUAUCGUGUUAAACGACCGCUACAACCCAAUGUCUUCCAAAGCAGCUCAGGAAGUGAAGGAGGCUUCUACAGCUGGCUGGAAGGUCAGUGUGUGGAGAAGAGAGCUUUCUACCGGCUCGUCUCUGGCCUCCACGCCAGCAUCAACAUACAUCUGAGCGCCAGAUACCUCCUGGAAGACAGCUGGUUUCAGAAGAAGUGGGGUCACAACGUCACGGAGUUCAGGAAGCGUUUCGACUCGGAGCUGACGGGCGGCGAGGGGCCCAAGAGGCUCCGUAACCUCUACUUCCUGUACCUGAUAGAGCUGCGAGCGCUGGCCAAAGCUCUGCCGUUCUUCCAGCAGCUGUCCUUCCAGCUGUACACCGGCCGGCCGGAGGAGGACCAGAAACACAAAGAGAUGCUGCUGCAGAUCCUGCAGCUGACCAGAUCUUUCCCUCUGCCCUUUGAUGAGACUUCUCUGUUUGGUGGCGAUGAAAAGGAAGCAGCCAAACUGAAGGAGGACAUCAGACUGGCCUUCCUCAACAUCUCCAGGAUCAUGGACUGUGUCGGCUGCUUCAAAUGUCGACUGUGGGGGAAACUGCAGACUCAGGGAUUAGGCACGGCGUUAAAGAUCUUGUUUUCAGAGCGACAGAUUGAAGCUUUGCCCACAUCCAGCGGCCAGCGACCCAGUUUCCAGCUCAGCCGGCAGGAGAUCGUCUCCCUGCUCAAUGCCUUCGGAAGGAUUUCCACGAGCAUCAGGGAGCUGAAGAACUUCAGAUCGCUGCUGGAGGAGGAGCGGUGAUGGUGACCGGAGGAGUCUGGCUUCUGCUGUGGCAGCCCGUCCGCACAAGACGAACGACAGUAUAGAGUCAUAGUUACGUUUACGCCAUCUAGCGGCCAUAAUAAUCAUGACCCAGGGAAGUGAUGCAGUUCAGAUGAUGUCAAUAUAAGAUAACUUGAUAAGAUUAUUAUAAGGAGGAGGUGGGUGUUUACUGUUGCCAUGACAAUGAAGGUUGUAGGUGACUUUAAGGAAGUAUAAACCAUGUUUCAAGUGAUCAUUUUAACCCAAACCAUCUUUUAGGAUCUUUCCCUAAACUGAACCAAGUGGUUUCUGUGUCUAACUGGACCUUAACCACAGCGUUGUCACGGUGAUUUGUAACAAUUUUGGAAAGCAGCAUAUUACGCUCCUAUUGGUCAUUCUGGACUGCAUCACUACGGCUGCUAGAUGGCGUAAACGUAACUAUAGGUUGUUUUUUUGCCUGCUGAAUUUUGGACCUGUACUGUCAUUUAAUUAUGAAGGUGUGUUUGCUGGGGUCAGUUUGUGACUAUUGUGACCACAACAAGUCACCGUCUGACUGUCCCGACCGUCUGAGUCCUGCUGAAAAGUCAUUUAGACGAUAAUCAGAGUUUCGCCUGCGUGAAGAUGAGCUUAGUUAGCUGGACGGUGACGGUGCUUAUUUAUAAAGUCGUGCUGUGUGUAAAAACCUGCUUUGAACAGUGAUUUCAGAUGAAUUAACUGCAAGUCUGUGUGCACAACAGUGUUCAGUGUUGAGCUGCAACUAUUAAUUGAUUAGUCAGUCAAGAGGAAAUUAAUCAGAAACUGAUAUCUUCAUCAUUGAGUAAUUGGUUCAGUCAUUUUUUAAGCAAAAUAUCCCGAAAUUUUAUGGUUCCAGCUUCUUACAUGUGAUGAUUUGCUGUUUUUC